AAUGGGACGUUUGUGAUGCUUGCACGGAAUCCUCUCUUCCAAACCGUCAUGGAUUACGCACAGUAUCUCCCCACUGCCGCGCCGUCCUUUAUGAACACAAAGACUUUGAACAGGAACUACAAAUGCGACAAGAAGAACCUGAAGAGCUGCGGCCUGGAGACAGACCCGUGUCAGAACCAGGGCUACAUGGGCCCCGCCUGCAAGUGUCUCUGUCCCCCUGGCACCAGCGGCGACAACUGCGGCACUCUGGAGAUGUCUUAUGAAGAUGCCAUGCUGAAAUUACUUAGGCCGUUGUCAAGAAAAAUCACAACGAAUAAUACUGUGGUGACGACUCCUGGCUACCCUAACGCAUCAAACCCAGAGAAGAACCUGAAGAGCUGCGGCCUGGAGACAGACCCGUGUCAGAACCAGGGCUACAUGGGCCCCGCCUGCAAGUGUCUCUGUCCCCCUGGCACCAGCGGCGACAACUGCGGCACUCUGGAGAUGUCAUAUGAAGAUGCCAUGCUGAAAUUACUUAGGCCGUAUUCAAGAAAAAUCACAACGAAUAAUACUGUGGUGACGAGCCCUGGCUACCCUAACGCAUCAAACCCAGCGCAGGCAUUUGACAUCGUGUUUGAAGCUGGGAAGUGUCAGCGAGCUGUGCUGACGUUUAAAGAAUUCCGCAUUGCUUAUCGUCAACCCAAUGGAAUUUGCUACUCAGACAUGCUGGCAAUAAGGACUCAAGUUGACGAUGCAAAACCGAGGACGUUCUGCUACGAUGAAAUCAAGCCCGGUCAAGUUUUCAAAGGCGAGGAGAACCUCUUGAUCAUCUCGUACUACAGCCAGGACUACAGGGGCAAGAACGUCGGACGUCGCGGGUGGGAAGCCGUCUUCACCACUGAACCCAUCUCCGGAUGCUCCUGAGUCUCUACUGUUGCCGGCCUCUUCAACGAUCCUAGCAGCCGGUCGUCAGUUCAUAAAAAAGGACCGGUCAACCAUCGAACUUUCUUCAUAUUUCAAUAAGCUACCAUAAAUAUUAAAUUUAUUCAAACUCCUGCCCGGUUUGUUGAUGGUAGUCUCAUUGCUUGCUUAGUUUUAAAAGUCGAAUUUAGUAGUGAUCUUUUUUUUUUUCAAUAACUGUGUCGCCAAAUUGCCUUCUUUGGAAUUAUCGACUACUUUCUUAGCAGGAUACAUUAGGUGGAAUACAUUUUAAUGGGAGGAAAUUUUUCUUCGUGCUUAUGCAGUUAUUCGUUUUGUUUUUGCUACUCAUUGAUGGUAAUAAUAGUCCCUUGAUAAAACUGAAUUACUGUUCAAGCAGUCAUGAAUGUUCAAAUUUGCUCGAUGAUGCCUCCAACUAAAGUUCCAACUGUCAAUUUUCAUGGAAGCUGAAAUUCGUCUGCAUCCCCUCGAUAGCAGAGGAAUGGACCUCCGUUGCCUCUCUUCGCUUCGAAUUCUAAAAAAGCGAAACUGUUAUUCAUUGUGAUGAAUAUUCUUAUGAAUUCCUGGAGGCAUCUAAAAUAGAUCGGUCUGAAUUAGUCUUGCAGAAAAAUUUUGGAACCUAAUUUCUACCAAUAUAAGUUUUUUAUGAUGUAGUUAUUUUAUUGACGUGAAGCUUUACAGUUUAACCAGUGUUAGUUUGAUACACUGCAGUGUUCCUGUUUGCGGCGUGAAGUUUUGAGUUUUAAACAGUAUUAGUUUGAUAUUCUGUGCGGUUUAAUAUGGUUCAUUAUAGUGGAAUGCAGUUUUUCCUGUUAACCAAUAUAAUAGUUUCACUUUAUUAAGAGAAAUAAGUUUUCAGUUUUAAUCCGUGUUCGAACAUGAAUUUGUAGUACAAUCAGUGCAAGGUGAAAAUAUCGGAGAGAUUUUAAGAUUUUGGGUUCCAACUCUGGUUAAUCGAUUUCAAGAUUUGGGCAUCUCUCCAUAUUUUUGGACGAAAAUCUUGGCAUAAACUGCUAGUUUUUAUUCACUAAAAAUAUUGUUAAUAGUCAACUUUCCAUGUUCCUUUGU